ACAACGGGUGGAGCUGGAGUCGAUGAUCAACGAAGCCCUCAAGAGAAGGAUAGCGGUCACGGGACCCGACUCAAUCAGCGUUCCAGAGCACGACACGUACAGCAAGAAGCUGCUGAGGGCCUUGAACAGUCCAAACGGCGGCGAUGUUCUUGACGCCAUCGGUAAAGGCGGUGCUGCCGAGGAAGAGGAGGAGAGGGAGGGGGUGGAGUACAUGUUGUGACGAAAUAUUUGUGUCGGUCUCAUUUGUUUGUCGUCC